AUGAAACCACACGGCUCGACGGAGAGACGUGUUGAAGGCAUUUCUGUGCCAACUUACUACGGCAAGAUCGGCGAGUCGCUGCAGGUGUUCUUGCAGCAGGUCCAGCUGUACUUCUGUGCCAAAAAUAUUGAAGUCAACGCUGCAGAAAACCAGAAUCGCUUGGUGGUGAUGGUGGCUACGAACGUGAUAGGCCAGGCAGCGGCGUGGUACACAUUUCACCAGGGCAAUAUUUCGGCCUAA